GACAACUCUGAGAAUGCCUCUGUAUUAUUGAAGUCAGCGAUGACGACAACGAAUAAGUCGUCAAUUGCUUAAUUAAUAAGUAAUCAUCGAAUCGACAGUGCUAAAUAUUGAUAAAAGGUUCGAGAUUGAAGAAUUAAACAAUAAAUAAAUAAAUAUACAUAAAGCUACCGUAAAAUGUGAUUGGGAAGGAAGGAAAAAACAAGAACAGAUUCUCGUGUUGAGGUUAAAGAUAGUGAUGGAGAGGAACAGAUUUUUACAGUUGGUAACCCACACAUCACAUGAAACUGUUUGAUGAAUUGAAAUGAUGCCGGAAUUCCCCGUUAAAUAAUAGUAAAUGUGUGAUUUUCAUGGCUCCAAAGUUCAGUAUUGAUAAUCUCUGUACUAUCAAGUAGAAACCGCGACCAUCAUAGAGAUGGAAUACGCGACGAUACUUGAAAAAUUACAACUGAAUUAUACAGUUUUGAAGGGAAAGUUUUUGCGCACAUCGAAGCCUUACAUCGAAAAUCGACCUGAUGCGCUCGAUGAUUUGAAAAGUUAUUAUUCAAGUGUAAUCAAUUCAGCACGGACUUCUGAUUACAUAAAUAAUCUCGAGAGUUUGUUGGGAAUAUUAGAAAAGCGCAAUGAACUAUCAUACGAAAACAUCAAGCCAUUGAUACACAUAGAAGCUCGUUACGUGAGGAGUCCCGAACUUGGGACGUUAUUAAGGAAUUAUGAGGAAAAUAUGCACGAUUAUCCUGUUGUGCCACUUUUCAAUGUUUAUGAUUUAUAUAGUGAACAAUCCUAUGAGAGUCAACAGGGCUAUACUUCGGGCGUCCAGAGUAACGCUCAAUCAGCCGGUGGUUCUAGUCUACAAGAUCCAAUGACCAUCUAUUCCACCACUCUAUCGUCCUUUCAUCUCACAAUACCAGCUCCCGUACAAAUAACCUCACUGCCGAAUUCGAAUAACGAGGAUUCUCGAAUAGCAACUAUUGUAUUCCUCGAAGUGAGCGACAAGCUUGGACGUCACUGGCGCGAUGUAGCACGUUUUCUUGGUGUGACGGAACAUGACAUCGAUGACAUUGAUUAUCAGCCCCAAUUACCUUUAAAAGAAAAAGCUCUCAAGGCUUUCACAAAAUUCCAAUCCAAGUCUGAUCCUCUCGAAUGGAAACCGCGACUCCAGCGAGCUUUGGAAAAGGCGAGAAGACGAGAUCUGAUGGAAAUGGUUGAAAAAUUGUUGUCACAGCAACAUCGAUCAGCGUAAUAGAUCCGAUAAUGGCUAAUAACAUUUUUACAUUACUAGAUAUUUCUUAUUUUACCCAUAUCGAUGAAAUAUUAAGAGUGCGUACACUGUGUUUGAUUCGUUCAUGAGCGAAUAAAGCAUCAAAUUUUUUCA